GUUAAAAGAUGCAAACUCACCGAAGAAAAUUGAGAAUUACUCUUCUUGGGCCAUCGUUCUGAGGGAAGACAGCCAUUGUUAAUAGGUUCAUCAAUAACUGAUUUCUGAUGAAAUAUAUGCCAACCAGUGAUGUUAAUGUUUAUAAUACAAAAUUGGAUCUAAACGAUGAAGAUGAUGGAAGAAGUUACAUGAUAGAUUGUGAGAUUGUGGAUACAUUCCCUCUAAAUCAUCCUCAUCUACUGAAAUAAAUACAAAGAUGAUGCUAAUCUCAAGAGAGAAAUAAGUUUACGAUCAGAGCUCAGCAGGAAGGAGAUGGAGACCAAGCUUAGGAAGAUAUUAAAUAAUUCCUUUGAAGAUCCUGGUUAUAAAUAAAUCCAAAAAUGUACCUAGAAGAGUUAAGAAGAUAAACCCUGAGUUUUCCCAUGCUCUUUUAUUUAUAUUUGACUGCUCUGAAAUACAGUCUUUUGACAUUGUCUGUGGCUAUAUUGAAGCGUUUAAUAAAAUUGAGGAGAGUAAGCUCUCCUUAGUAGCUCCAUCCCAAGGUGAGGAGACUUAUACGACUAAAUAAGAUGAUCAUUGGAAAUAAAAGUGAUAUGAAGGUGCACGAUUUCAAGAAACUUAUGGACAAAUAACCCUAUUUUAUUUAAAGAAAUUGAAUAUGUUGAGACAAGUGCUCUGGUCAAUAGUAAUGACUCUAACAGGCUCAGCAUCAACUCAAUCUUUAAAUAAAGUUUAUGGAAAGAUCAUGGAAGAUCCUAUGUUUGAGGAUAUAGAAUGGAAUAAGAUCAAGAAUAGAGAGCUAGAAGAGGUCAAGGACCUGACAAUACCAACCCUGAUCCCUCAAAUAGAAGAGCCUCCUUUGGAAUCUAAAAUAUCUCAGUUCUUGAGUUUCAGGAAGAGCUUCAUGUGUUUCGGAUUUGGAGGCAAAGAAGACAGCGAGUCAGAAGAAGAUGAAGAGUUCUCUGUCAGGACCAAGUGGAUGAUGAAGACAAAGAAAGCAGAUCAUGAAGAGUUUCACUCUGAUGAUUCUUUCUCAUAGUUGUGCUUGCUCAGUAGGUGUUUCAACUUUAA